AUGCUUCCAUACAUGAUAAAUGAAUACGGUAAUCCUCAUUCGAGAACUCAUUCAUACGGCUGGAAAGCAGAAGAAGCAGUGGAGAAGGCUCGUGCACACGUGGCAACACUCAUAAAGCGCGAAAUCGGUCGAUUGCAGGCUGAUCCUCGAGAAGUCAUUUUCACGUCUGGUGCUACAGAAUCGAACAACAUUGCGAUCAAAGGGGUAGCGAAAUUUCAACGACACACAGGAAAAAAUCACGUUAUCACUUUACAAACGGAGCACAAAUGUGUGCUGGAUUCCUGUCGCUCAUUGGAAACAGAAGGAUUCAAAGUGACGUAUCUUCCAGUGGAUCAAGGAGGCCGUGUUGAUCUGAAGGCCCUCCAGGAGGCUAUCACUCCGCAAACAUGCCUGGUGUCGGCGAUGACAGUGAACAACGAGAUAGGCGUGAUACAGCCAAUUAAGGAAAUCGGAGAAAUUUGUCGAGAGCGGAAGGUUGCCUUUCACACAGAUGCUGCUCAAGCGUUGGGUAAAAUACCUAUGGAUGUGAACGAUUUGAAAGUUGAUCUAAUGUCGAUGUCUGGCCACAAGAUCUACGGCCCGAAAGGUGUGGGUGCACUGUACGUUCGUCGACGACCACGCGUUCGUCUGGAAGCACAAAUGAGUGGCGGUGGUCAGGAACGUGGACUCAGGUCGGGAACCCUUCCCACACCACUUUGCGUAGGUCUGGGAGAGGCAUGCCGGAUUGCAAACAGUGAAAUGGAAAUGGACGCAGCUCAUAUUCAACGACUUUCAAAAAUGUUUAUCGACGGCAUAAAAUCGCAGUUGGGUGAUAUUAUCCAGAAUGGUGAUCCUGAACAUUUCUAUCAUGGAUGUGUGAAUCUUUCUUUUGCAUAUGUUGAAGGUGAAUCAUUAUUGAUGGCUCUGAAGAACAUCGCUUUGUCGUCAGGCAGUGCAUGCACAUCAGCAUCACUAGAACCUUCGUACGUAUUGCGUGCUAUUGGAACAGGAGAAGACUUGGCCCAUUCUUCGAUUCGAUUUGGUAUUGGACGUUUUACCACUGAAAAAGAAAUCCAGAUGACCAUCGAUUUGUGCAUAAAAGAAGUUCUACGAUUGCGAGAGUUGAGCCCGCUAUGGGAAAUGGUACAAGAAGGAAUCGAUCUGAAAAGUAUUCAAUGGACACAGCAUUGA